UUCCUCUUUUUCUUGUGUCAAACCAAACACAAAAUCCUUUUCCAACACCGUCUCUUUUGAACACGAUGAAGAAGUGUGAGUGAACAGCAACAACCACCAGAACGAGGAGCAUUAGCAUCUGCAGUGAUGAGGAAACUAAGAUGGGUAAUGGACGGAGGAGGAUUUUGGGAUUUAGACAUUUCAACACCAAAAACACUUGAUGGCUCUGCUUGUCCUGUUCCAGAAGACCCUCUUACGUUGGGUUUAUCACGAGGUACAAGACUUUCUAGACCAAGACAACUUCAAUUCAUGCAACUUUUCAUGAAUGCUCCUCUUCAUCCCACUUUUUCACAACCUCAAGGUUUCAGUCUUCAACGUGUUUUAUCGCUUCCCUUUUCUGACAACUGGUUUGUAUUUUUACUGGGUCAAUUCAAUUUGCAGAAAUUUGUUUCCUCUGUUAAGAGCAGUGACGAAAAGCCAGCACGGUUUUCCUCCUGGUUGAAAAACUUUGGGAGACACCUACAACAGAAAUCUUUGUAUGCCUUGGGAUUAUGUUCGGAGUUCCAGUUAACACCGGAUGAUACUUUACUUUUUGGCUUAGAUUCAUAUGACUAUACCGAUAAACCUCGUGGGAAAGCUGUCUUUCAUCAUAAGUUUCCACAUCAUGAUUUAACAGUGGAAGCAGUUUAUCCCGGUCUCUUUGUUGAUAAGAUUGGUAAUUACUGGGAUGUACCAUUAUCAAUGGCUGUUGAUCUUGCUUCUUUGACUACCAGUGACUCUUCGGCUGGUUAUCAUUUGUCGGCGCACUACAAUUCAGGGUCACCCAAGCAGUUUGAAAGUAUUCAAUAUGAAAACGAUAGAGUACCUCAGACUCUUCUUCCGGGUUUGGCCUUCAAAAGUGUCUUUUCUUAUAGGAAAAACCUUGAUAUCUGGAGAAGCGAAACUCCUAAAUUGAAAUUGAUACAACCAUAUGACAUCUUUCUUUCAAAUCCUCUUCUGUCUGCCUCAGGGAUGAUCGGUGCUGCUGCAACAGCAUAUUUUGGGGAGAAUUCGACAAGAGCUCAAAUAGAUGACGAUGGACAACAAUCUUCAGGAUUGUUUCUUCAGGCUCCUGGAAUAAAGUCUUCUUUUCUAGCAGAUAUAUUUGGAUCCGUUUCAUUUACAGCCCAACAUGGAAACUUCCAAAGGCUUUUUCUAGAUCUUUCUCGAUUUCAGGCCCGGCUGGAUUUUCCUUCUGGUUCCAAAUUCCUUUUAGGUGCAACAAGUCUUGCGCAAGAUCUUCUCAAUUCUCAAAAGCCCAAUAUGGAAGCUGUUCAGGCAAUUUGCCCCAAUGCUACCUUAUCUCUUCAGCAGCAGAUUGUUGGUCCUAUCAGUUUCAGAGUGGAUUCAGGAAUUGCAAUUGAUCUGAAGAACCAUAAGUGGCCUAUACAAGCACAGGAUCCUAUAUAUGCUGUUGAGUGGGCAUUGCAAGUACUUGGUUCAGCAAAAGCAGUUGCUUGGUGUUGUCCUAAGCGCCAAGAGUUUAUGGUCGAACUUCGUUUCUAUGAGACAUAAGCCGAACCUGAAUCUCUACGGCCGGCCUUAUGGUGCAGCAUGCAGUAGAGAUCCAAUUUGACAUAAGCCAUAGUCAAUAGGCACUAUAGAAAUCUCUUCCUUUCCUAAAAAUUAUUAAACACUUUGGUCCUGAAAGCAAGUUGGUAAAUGGUCCAUUAAUUCUCAUGAUGUACUAUGGCUUUUAAAUGUAGAUUAUGCUUCUCAAUUUCUUUGCAAAUGAUUAUUUAUCUUGUAUUUCUAUCUCUUGGGAUUAUACUGUAGUUCCAAUUUCAAUAAAUACAGGGAUAACUAAUGUAAGAAAAUUUUGUA